AUGCAUUACGAUGCGUAUUUUCCAGUUUAUGUUAUUGCGGUACUUCUUGGUGCUGCACAAGCUGUUCUGCUCAUCGCUUCACUGUCUGCUGUUGCCGAGCUCAUAAAUCGCGAUACGGAAAGUGGAGCUUUUGUCUACGGUAUUUUGAGUUCGAUGGAUAAACUUUCGAAUGGGCUUGGCUUGCAGGCAAUCGAGCUCUUCACUCCACUUUCUUGCAUGUUAGUUUACGUGUAUUAUUACUAG